CGCCGGCCCCGCCCCGCUCGGUACCGCAUUGCUGUAGCGCAGGGGGUCACUGCAUUGCGCCGGCACCGGCAAUAGGGGGACCCCCUCCCAGGGAGAUAAAGCCGCCGGAGCCGAAGCUGGCAGCCUCUGCUGUCUGAGCCCGGCGCCGCCACCGCCUCCACAAAAAAAACGCAGCUUUGCUUCCGCUCCUUUGCUAGCGUCGGCCCUUUCCAAUAUAACCCGAGAGGAUGGGGAAGGAGAAGACACAUAUCAACAUUGUCGUCAUUGGACAUGUGGACUCUGGGAAAUCCACCACCACUGGGCACCUCAUCUACAAAUGCGGGGGCAUUGACAAAAGGACCAUUGAGAAAUUUGAGAAGGAAGCUGCUGAGAUGGGGAAAGGCUCCUUUAAAUAUGCCUGGGUGCUGGACAAGCUGAAGGCUGAGCGCGAGCGUGGUAUCACUAUUGACAUCUCCCUGUGGAAGUUUGAGACCACCAAGUACUACAUCACCAUCAUUGAUGCCCCGGGCCACAGAGACUUCAUCAAGAACAUGAUCACAGGGACCUCACAGGCUGACUGUGCCGUGCUGAUUGUUGCCGCUGGUGUAGGUGAAUUUGAAGCUGGUAUCUCCAAGAAUGGGCAGACCCGUGAGCAUGCCCUCCUGGCCUACACACUGGGCGUCAAGCAGCUCAUUGUGGGCAUCAACAAGAUGGAUUCCACAGAGCCGCCAUAUAGCGAGAAACGUUACGAUGAGAUCGUCAAGGAGGUCAGCGCCUACAUCAAGAAGAUCGGCUACAACCCUGCCACGGUCCCCUUUGUGCCCAUCUCUGGGUGGCAUGGGGACAACAUGCUGGAGCCAUCUCCCAAUAUGCCGUGGUUCAAAGGCUGGAAGGUAGAACGUAAGGAAGGAAAUGCUAGUGGAGUGUCGCUGCUGGAAGCUCUGGAUACCAUCCUGCCUCCCACCCGCCCUACAGACAAACCUCUGCGUCUGCCCCUUCAGGACGUCUACAAGAUCGGCGGUAUCGGCACCGUCCCAGUGGGCCGCGUGGAGACGGGGAUCCUCCGGCCUGGCAUGGUGGUGACUUUUGCCCCAGUGAACAUCACCACUGAGGUGAAGUCGGUGGAGAUGCACCACGAGGCUCUGAGCGAGGCCCUGCCAGGAGACAACGUCGGCUUCAACGUGAAGAACGUCUCCGUCAAAGACAUCCGCCGUGGGAACGUCUGCGGGGACAGCAAGUCGGACCCGCCCCAGGAGGCAGCUCAGUUCACGUCUCAGGUGAUCAUUCUGAACCAUCCCGGCCAGAUCAGCGCUGGCUACUCCCCUGUCAUCGACUGCCACACUGCGCAUAUCGCUUGCAAGUUCGCCGAGCUGAAGGAGAAGAUCGACCGACGCUCCGGCAAGAAGCUGGAGGACAACCCCAAAUCCUUGAAAUCCGGAGAUGCUGCCAUUGUGGAGAUGAUCCCUGGGAAGCCGAUGUGUGUGGAGAGCUUCUCCCAGUACCCACCCCUUGGACGCUUUGCCGUGCGCGACAUGCGGCAGACCGUGGCUGUCGGCGUCAUCAAGAACGUGGAGAAGAAGAGCGGUGGUGCUGGCAAGGUCACCAAGUCGGCGCAGAAGGCCCAGAAGGCUGGCAAAUGAAUUGUAGGCUCCCCGUGCAUUGCGCAGAAACCAUCCCCGUCACCAGGAUGCUGUCAUCUUCUCCCUGAGGCGCAUGUGUGCACAUCAGCUUGUAAGAGUUUAUAUGUCAACGACUGGAUGCUAACCAUUAAGGUCCAGUGGAAAUUCUUUAAAAGGAAAAGCAUGUUCCAGCGUUUGUGAGGCUUCAUGUUAAUUUUACCAAUAAACUGGUGCAACAUCCACAGUGA